AUGAGCUUCUUCGAGACUCCAUCUCGGCUGGGCGCUGAAUGGUUCUCCGUCGGUCUGGCCUCGUCGUUUCCCGACUCGGGGUUCGAUGACGACAAUUUGGCAAAAUACAGAACGUGUAGUGAGGAGUAUAGACCAGGAUGCAAAGUCUUUCAGGUGCCCAAAGAAGACAGUUCGCAAAGAACAGAAGUCUUGAUUGAUCAGGAUGGAGAUCUGGAAAGUUCCGAUAUGAAGGGUUUAAAAGACCAAGUUCUUGUAUUCAAGUACAGAGGGAAAUUCCACGCCGUUGAUCAUAAAUGCCCUCAUUCGUCUUACCCCCUUUCGCAAGCCACCCCAUUUGACAUUGAGGACUUCGGGGUUGUCUUGAGUGCAGGAUUGACCUGUCCAAAACAUGGUUGGUCGUUUGAUCUAUUUACUGGUUCAGGAGACCGUGGAAACUAUCAGCUUGGACUUUGGGAAACUCAGUUGCGCGAAGAGGUAUGGGUUCGGAGAAAACAGCGACAGCGCAUCGGAUAG